AUGUCAGGCUUAUCUCAAGCCGGUCGCCAAGUAGCGCGUAUUGCUGUCCGUCAAGUCUCCUCGCACUCUCACGAUUCUCAAGCCGUCUGGAAAGAGAUCAACAGACUUGGAAGCGAAGGAAAAUGGGAUAAUGUGAACAACAUGCCAAAAAUGUUCUUGUUUGGAAACGCCAAGCAAGAGGCUACCUCGGCUUAUCGUGCUAUCAACAAGGACCCCGACUUUUUCCGUCAAUCACCAUAUGGCCAAUACCUCAAAAUCGUAUGGCGAUUGGCACUUCUUUUCGGAAUCAUCAAAGCCGGAACUGUCGUUUACGAUUUUGCUAUUCCAGAAGAGCAGCGACUCAAAUACAAGUACCGUAAUCACGGUCAUCAUGGACACGACGAGGCUCACCACUAA